AUGUCUGCAGAAGAUGUGGCGAAAGACUUCAUCAGCUGUGACUCUUGCAUCAGUGCUUGCGAGAAAUCAGGCCGGUGGAAUGAAUCAGUGAAUCUGCUUGGUGCGAUGAGCUACCAAACGGUCGAAUGCAUAGUGAUUUCCUACAACUCUGUCAUCAGUUCUUGUGAGAAGGGUGGGCAAUGGGAUCUCGCGCUUGAUGUACUUCAAAACUUGCGCUCCCAAUAUCUCGAUGCCACUGCCAUUAGCUUCAACUCGUGUAUCAGCGCGUGCGAAGCUUGUGGAUGCUGGACGUUCGCCUUAUGUCUCCUUGACGACAUUUCUGAAGCAAGUUUGGUGCCGACCGGGGUGAGCUAUGGUGCAGCGAUUGGGGCAUGUGAGAAAGGCGAGCAGUGGAACUGGGCCUUGCGCUUUCUCACAGAUUGGCUCAAGAGCAGGCCUGAUGCAAACGAGAUCACAUGCAGUGCAGCAGUCGCUGCAUGUGUCAAGGGGGACUCUUUGCAGCAGGCCGUAGCCCUUCUGCGUGGCAUGCGGGCAUCUUGUAUCGUCAGGUUGACUGAUUGA